UAGGCACAGCUGGAGAAAGGGAUAAUUAGACGCGCAUGAGUGUCCAACGAUCUGUGGAGAAAAGUUUUAAAAGCAUCUAAGAAAGAUCUCCUUUUGUUGCUAAGUUUCCGGUGGCACAGGGAGGACGUCUGGCGUCGGCAGAUCGACACUGCAAGUUCAGGAUCUCCAGGCUCGGCUAAAGAAACGGAGGCUACGGUGGACAAGUCGAGAGAAGCGGAUGGGUCAAGAGCACUCCCCGGGCUUCUUCUGAUCUUUAGUUUUAUUACUGAUGGGGGGAAAGGCGGAGCUGCUUUACCGUCAAGAAGUCUUCUCCAACGAGCUACGGAUUUGUUAAAUAAAACCAAUCCGGGGGAAGCAAAAGAAUGGGAGUGGAAUCAACAGGCUGCCUCUGACCCGCACACUCACCCCGCUACCGAAACGUUCAGGAGGAUAUGAGCAACUUUCGUUUAUUUUCUUCUUCUUUUACUCCCACGUGAGAUUUUCCGCACGAUCUGGAUGUACAUUCUGGUUUCAAAGCAGAACCGGCAUUUUAGCUUAGAAAACUCAAUGCCGUGGAUGGUGUCUCGUGUGGUUUCAUUUUAAACUUGUCUAACAAGUAACGCGGCGCUGGAUGGUUUGCUGGUUUUAUAUGUGGUUACUUUUUAACAUUCCAACUUUUAAAAAUACAAUUUGUGGAACAUUAUAUAUUUUUAUUUAUUUAUUUUUUAAUCAAACAACAACAAUCCAGCAAAAAAGGAAAUCCAAUGUCAGCCUGCAGCAAUUCCUCUCCGCCAUCCUUUCAAAAAUCCUAUCCCCAAUCUCAGAAUCCUGCAGCCCCACCGACUCCCUCUCCAUCCCCCAGUCCCCCGGCUGCUUUACACAGCCGCCUGUCCAACGGGAGUCUCAGUGCACCGAGUCCAACCAAUUCCCGGGGUUCCUUCCAUGGAGUCUCGUUCCUGCUUCAGAUUGGACUCACUAGGGAGACAGUAACCAUCGAGGCUCAGGAUCUGUCUCUUUCAGCGGUCAAAGAUCUCGUCUGCUCCAUCGUGGACCAGAAGUUCCCGGAGUGUGGUUUCUUUGGCAUGUACGACAAAAUCUUACUCUUUCGUCAUGACCUGAACUCUGAAAACAUACUGCAGAGGCUAACUGCAGCAGAAGAUAUUCAUGAGGGGGACCUGAUUGAAGUUGUUCUCUCUGCUUUGGCCACAGUUGAAGAUUUCCAGAUUCGCCCUCAUACCCUUUAUGUCCACUCCUACAAAGCACCCACCUUUUGUGACUACUGCGGGGAGAUGCUGUGGGGUCUAGUCCGACAAGGCCUGAAAUGUGAAGGGUGUGGUUUGAAUUAUCACAAAAGAUGUGCUUUUAAAAUACCUAACAACUGCAGUGGAGUGAGAAAAAGAAGAUUGUCCAAUGUCUCAUUGCCAGGACCUGGGCUAUCUGUGCCAAGACCAGCACCUAUUGAACAUGCACCCGUGUCCACUGAAGAGCGCUCUCACCAGGAACCUGGCAAACGCAUCCCCUCCUGGAGUGGCCGUCCUAUCUGGAUGGAAAAAAUGGUCCUGGGGCGUGUUAAAGUUCCUCACACAUUUGUUGUGCACUCCUACACACGACCCACAAUCUGUCAGUAUUGCAAGCGUUUGCUCAAAGGGCUCUUCCGACAAGGAAUGCAAUGCAAAGAUUGUAAGUUUAAUUGCCACAAACGAUGUGCAUCCAAAGUGCCGAGAGACUGCCUUGGUGAAGUUGUUUUUAAUGGAGAGCCUGCAAGUCCAGGUCCAGAUUCAGAUAUGCCAAUGGAAGUAGACAGCAGUGACAUGAAUAGUGACGGUAGUAGGGGUCUUGAUGACUCGGAGGAAGCCUCUACUCCAGAAGACAAAAUAUUUUUCAUGGAUUCUCCUGAUCUUGAUGGAGAUAAAGAUGAAGAACCAGUGAAAACCAUUAGCCCAUCUACAAGUAGCUAUAUUCCUUUGAUGAGAGUUGUUCAAUCUGUAAAGCACACAAAAAGGAAGAGUAGCACCAUGGUACGAGAAGGAUGGAUGGUCCACUAUACUAGUCGAGAUAAUUUGAGGAAGAGACAUUACUGGAGGUUGGAUAGCAAGUCUCUAACCCUUUUUCAAAAUGAAACUGGCACUAAAUAUUAUAAGGAAAUACCACUGUCUGAAAUCCUCCAAGUGGACCCAGCUCGAGACUUUGCUAAUCUGGCACAAGGCAGCAAUCCUCAUUGCUUUGAGAUCAUUACAGACACCAUGGUAUAUUAUGUUGGUGAAAAUAAUGGCGGGAACUACCAGAAUCCUGUGUUGGCUGCCUCUGGAGUGGGAUUGGAGGUGGCCCAGAGUUGGGAGAAGGCCAUUCGACAAGCUCUGAUGCCCGUGACCCCUCAAGCUAGUGUGUGCACAGUUGCGGGACAAGGAAAAGAUCACAAGGAACUCUCAAUCAGCAUAUCUGUUUCAAACUACCAGAUUCAGGAGAAUGUGGAUAUAAGCUCUGUAUAUCAGAUAUUUGCAGAUGAGGUUUUGGGAUCUGGACAGUUUGGAAUUGUAUAUGGAGGAAAACACAGAAAAACUGGUAGAGAUGUUGCAAUUAAAGUGAUUGAUAAAAUGAGGUUCCCAACGAAACAGGAAAGUCAGCUGAGAAAUGAAGUUGCUAUUUUACAGAAUCUUCACCAUCCUGGAAUUGUGAACCUUGAGUGCAUGUUUGAAACACCAGAGAGAGUCUUUGUUGUCAUGGAAAAGCUGCAUGGAGAUAUGCUUGAGAUGAUACUCUCCAGUGAAAAAAGCCGUCUGCCUGAAAGAAUCACUAAGUUUUUAGUCACACAGAUUCUAGUGGCAUUGAGGCACUUGCAUUUCAAGAAUAUAGUGCACUGUGACUUGAAACCAGAAAAUGUACUACUUGCAUCUGCUGAGCCAUUUCCACAGGUAAAGCUGUGUGAUUUUGGCUUUGCACGCAUCAUUGGAGAAAAGUCUUUCAGGCGCUCCGUUGUGGGCACGCCAGCUUAUCUCGCUCCAGAGGUCCUGAGAAGUAAAGGUUACAACCGCUCCUUAGACAUGUGGUCUGUGGGCGUCAUCAUAUACGUCAGCCUCAGUGGCACGUUUCCUUUCAAUGAGGAUGAGGACAUUAAUGACCAGAUUCAAAAUGCAGCAUUUAUGUACCCACCAAAUCCAUGGAAAGAAAUAUCCAGUGAAGCAACCGAUUUAAUAAAUAAUCUACUCCAAGUUAAAAUGAGGAAGAGGUACAGUGUGGACAAGUCUCUCAGUCACCCAUGGUUACAGGAUUACCAGACCUGGUUGGAUCUCAGGGAGUUUGAGACUCGAAUUGGCGAGCGAUAUAUAACUCAUGAGAGUGACGAUGCCCGGUGGGAGGAAUAUGCAGACCAGCACAACCUUGCAUACCCCAAGCAUUUCAUUAUGGCUCCUAACCUAGACGACAUGGAGGAAGACCCAUAACGUUUGCAGAAGGAGCAGCUUAAGAAUACAAUACUGAUUCCAAGGCUAUGCUUUAAGAAUGGGGAUUCUUAUUCUCAUAUACAGUACUGCUAAACGACUGGGGUUCCUCUUCUCAACAGUUUUCUAAAGCAAGAUGAAUGUGAUUUUUUUUUUUUGAAAAGAAAAAAACAAAAAAACUAAGAAACAGAGGAUUUUUUACUCUUUUCAGACAUCUGGAGAACAUGCUCAAUGAUGAAGCUGGGAACCACGGGUGAAAAGCGAACAGUUCACGUGGCCUUUCCGUUGGAGGACAGUAUCUGGACUUAGCUGUCCACAGCAGAAGGAAUAAAGGGGAUGACUGCAGGAAGACCCCUCAGUGAGCUGGGUGUGUUGGUUGACUGAAGGAUAUCGGUGUCAAGAGUUUCAUAUUUUUUAUGAUUAAAUGAUUUUAAACACCAGGUAUAAGACAUCAUAACCCUUAUAAGUACCUCUUUUAACUUGCCUUUAGAAAAGCCUUGAAUUGCCAGUGUGGUGAACUGUGAAUUAAAAAAAUAGGAGUUUUUAGCUUGUAUGAUUUUUUUUUUUUUAUUAUUAUUAUUAUUAUUAUU